AGGAAUAAUUUUAAACAUAUUCGUUGUAAAAAAGUGUGCGAAGUGAAAUUUAGGAGCAACAGUUGGUACGACAACGACGCCACAUCUUCCGGCGUCCGGCAGUUACGAAGCACGCGAUUAUUGAGCGUUGCCUGUUAAUUUUUUAAAAAUCAUCACAAAAAUGUCAUACAAGGGACCACAGAAAGUUCAGAAGGUGAUGGUACAACCCAUCAACCUUAUAUUUCGAUACUUACAAAACCGUUCACGGGUACAAGUUUGGUUAUUUGAAAACAUAAAUCUACGGAUUGAGGGUCAUAUCGUCGGAUUUGAUGAAUACAUGAAUUUGGUGCUGGACGAUGCGGAGGAAUAUCAUUUGAAGACUAAGAACAGAAAACCACUUGGACGGAUCAUGUUAAAAGGCGAUAACAUAACAUUAAUACAAAAUACGAAUCCAGGAGGGAAUUAGAUGUUGAACCAUAACCUCGGAGGACGUUCUAGGACGAAUAACAAACACGUUGUUUUUUAUUUUGUGCAAAGAUUACGUGUGUGAAACUCACGUGAAUAAACUGUACGCCAAGAGAAGUGACCCGAAAACCCUCAAUGUGGAGAACAUUUGAAUCCAUUAGGAUAAAUAAUUAUAAAUUGAUCAGCACAAUUUGUAACUGAAAAUAUCAGUGUCAUGUUGAAAUGACAGUAUUAUUCUUCAUUAGAAAAUGUAUUUGUUGUUGUAAUUUGGUAAUAGAACAAUUCUUUCAAAGAAUAAAAGCAUUCAAGCAUUAUAAA